AUGAGGCUCACAAGCAAUAGAAGAAAAGAAAAAUUUUAUGUAGUCUUCCAUGGUCUUCAACCUGGGAUUUACACCUCAUGGCAAGAAUGCGCCCCACAUGUUAUUGGUGUAAGCAGGAGCUUGUACAAAUCAUAUGACACAAUGGAGGAGGCCUUGCAUGCAUUCAAUCAUGCUAACAAUCUGCCUAUGAAUUCAUAUCGUGGUGGUGAUGGAAUGUCUCUUGUUGCUUCAUCUGGAAUCUCAACAACUUUGGGUAAUGAAGAGCCAUGUCAACAAUAUCUUUCGACAAUCAAUAUGGAGUCAAAGAAAUUCUUAAUAUUUGGAAAGGAAGACCCACGUGAAGAAUCUCCUUCAAUAAGUAAUCUGCAGUUAAGAAAUAUGGAGUCCAAAAAAUUGGAUUAUAGUGCUUUUUUCUACAGAUUUGUUGCUGGGAUCAUUUUGGGAGUUUUAUUCGGAUGUUACUUGAUGUAG